AUGAAUUUCAAGACCUUUCCAAAAUUUCCUUAACCUCAGGAAUAAAUUAGGAAUCGAAAACUGCGUUCUCAUACUAUUGAAACAAUUUCUUAAUCCUUUAGUAAUGCUGAAUUUUUUAACAGACAAAAAUUAUAUGAUGAGCUAUAUAACACCAAUCUAUUCUAAAUUAAUUAUGCUAAUUGUUUAAGAAAUGAACAAACAAAUAAAUAAAGUAAAUUUAAGGAGAUUGUAGAAUCUGUAUAAUUAAAAUUUACUGCAUCCCCUUGCAAUCAUAAAAACAACAGCAUAAACCUAUAAAAAAGUUCAAUUUAAGAAAUAGUUGAAUAACUGAGAAAAUAGAAGAGAGCGAGCAAUGCUAAACUUAAAAAUAAUGAUACUACUUCAAAGAAAUAAACUUAAUUAAAUCUAAAUUUCAAUUUGGUUAUUACAAUAAUAAUCAUCUGUUAUUUAGUAUUACUUAACGAAAUGAUUAAACCAACUGAUCCCAAUUCGAAAUGA